AGAGAGAGUGAUGGUUGGGAAAGUAGAAGCAGACAGGGAAGAACCGAUGAAUUCUUCAAUAAAUGCUCCAACCUUAACCGCUAAGCUUCCUCUUGUCCUCUCUGAUUCUCUAUAAAAUCUUGAAUUCCCUUCUCAUUUCUUCCACCGACGCGCCACCACAAGCACAAUUCAAUCCUCGCAAUGGGAAAGGGAAAGGGAAAGGGCAAGGAUAAGGGAAAAGCCGCCGCGGACGGCGGCGGAAUUUGGUACGGUGGGGCGGUUGACUUUUCGGCGCUUCCUGAAGGCUGCAUCGCUCACAUACUCUCCUUCACUUCUCCUCAAGAUGUGUGCCGCUCUGCUUCCGUCUCCUCCACUUUCCGAUCCGCCGCUGAAGCUGACGCCGUUUGGGAACGUUUUCUCCCGCUGGAAUAUGGCGAGGAAAUUUCGGAAGCUGUUUCGAAGGUUUUUCCUCCUUUUGCUUCCAAGAAAGAGCUCUAUUUCCAUCUCUGCCGCGUCCCUGUUCUAAUCCACGGCGGCGCUAAGAGCUUCUCACUGGAUAAAAAAACAGGGAAGAAAUGCUUCAUGAUCGCUCCAAGAGAGCUCUUCAUUGUCUGGGGCGAUGCUCCAAGGUAUUGGAGAUGGACUUCUGAUCCUGAAUCAAGGUUUGUGGAGCUAGCAGAGCUGCUGAGCGUAUGUUGGCUUGAGAUCAGGGGCAAGAUAGAUACAGAAAUGCUAUCACCAGGCACAUUAUAUGCAGCCUAUAUGGUGUUCAAGCUAACAUCCUCGGACGGCUUCCAACGCCAGCCCGUCGAGGUUGGAGUCGGCCUUGUCGGGUCCGAAGCAACCAAGCAAACAGUUUAUUUAGACAACGUAGAUAGUGAAUGGCGACAGCGCCACCCAAUUGUGUCGAGGGGGAUCGGCCUUUUCAACCUUAACAGACGAUGCGUCACAAUCGGCACACAGGUAGCUAUGCCCCCCCAUGAAACCACCAGGAACAAUGCCCCAGCCGAGGACUGCAGUCACCGCGUCGUCCCGAAGGAGAGGGAGGACGGGUGGCUGGAGGUUCAGCUUGGUGUGUUCUUCCAUGAUGGGGGGGUCAAUGGGGAGCUGGAGAUGAGCGUGUUGGAGGUCAAGGGUGGGCAUUGGAAGAGCGGUUUGCUUAUACAGGGAAUUGAAAUCAGGCCAAAAGACUUGAAGACCUAAUUAUAGAAGAA